AGUGAGUCAGUAUAUUGCAGAAGAUACGGAUAUCCCUGGCGCUAACACUGCGUUAGAAUUGCCUGACUCAGUUUGUCACCAGCUCACAAUUGGUCUUCAUGUCAAAAGUACUAUGAUGAUAUCAAUGGUCGCUGUAUGAUCUUCUAUAUUAGUUGGCAUUUGGAGGUGACAUUACAGAGCAUAAUGCCCACUGUAGUUCUUCGUAUUGAUAUGAAUUUGAGAAAAGUGAUUGAUUUGAUAGGAAGGGGUUGA